GAAUUUAGAUUCAAACCGACAGGCAAAUAGUAUUAUUCUCACCGAAUUACUCCACCCCCCAACACAGAUUUUCUUUGUCUUUCGUUUUAUCUUUCUUUCUUUCUUUCUUCCUUCAACAAUGGGUUCCAACAGUUGCAACCACAACAAACACUCCAAGAAGAAGAACAACAAGCGUUCUGGCACCAAGAAACGAAUGACCCUCGAACAAUCUCUCGCCUAUAAAUCCGUCACCGAAUGGGUUUUUCUCGACACCCUUUCUUGCUCCCCCAAUUCCACCAUCGCCAUUGAUGACGACUUUAAGGUCAAACUCGUUCAUACCAAGGUUCCUGCUGACAAAUUGGUGUUUGAAUUGCACUCUCAUUCGAUUUGCAGUGAUGGGUUUUUGUCCCCUUCUAAGCUUGUUGAAAGAGCUCAUCAGUUUGGGGUAAAAGUGCUUUCUUUAACCGAUCAUGAUACGAUGGCUGGCAUCCCGCAAGCUCUCGAGGCAGCUCGAAAAGUCGGGAUCAAGAUUAUCCCCGGUGUUGAAAUCAGCACCAUUUUCAACCCGAGAACGGAUACUGGAUCAGAGGAACCGGUUCAUGUUCUGGCCUAUUAUAGCAGCUGUGGACCAUCAAAUUAUGAAAAACUUGAUCAGUUUUUGGCGAAUAUAAGAGAAGGGCGUUACCUACGUGCGGAAAACAUGAUUUCGAAAUUGAAUAAACUGAAGUUGCCAAUUAGGUGGGAAAAUGUGGAAAAGAUUGCGGGUGAUGGUGUUGCGCCGGGAAGACUGCAUGUUGCUCGUGCUAUGGUUGAAGCGGGUCAUGUUGAGAAUUUAAAACAAGCUUUUAGCCGUUAUCUUUAUGAUGGUGGACCCGCUUAUUCCACUGGAAGUGAGCCUGAUGCUGAGGAAGCAGUGCGAUUAGUAUGUGAAACUGGCGGAGUCGCGGUGUUGGCUCAUCCAUGGGCUUUAAAAAAUCCGGUUGCUAUAAUCAGAAGAUUAAAAGAAGCGGGCUUGCAUGGGUUAGAGGUUUACAGAAGCGAUGGUAAAUUAGCAGCAUUUAGUGACCUGGCGGACACAUAUGAUCUUUUGAAGCUUGGUGGUUCGGAUUAUCACGCAAGAGGUGGCAGCAGCGAGUCGGCUCUGGGAAGCGUGAGCCUUCCGAUGGUGGCGGUUCAUGAAUUUCUUAAGGUGGCUCGACCGAUCUGGUGUGGUGCUAUCAAGAAGACAGUGGACCAGUAUAUAACUGAGCCCACGGAAUCGAACCUAGAGCAUAUCUUGAGAUAUGCCAAGAUCAAAGUUGUUAAGGGUGGUGGUGUUUCCUCCAUCACUACACGUAAUGUCGAAAUCAUCCAUGAGUGUCUUUCUCAGUGGUUAACUAAUGAAGAACAAAAAAGUUGUGAUUUUGAAGCCGUUACACUUGCUGAAGACAAGCCCUGAUGAAUUUUUAGUUGGUGGCGGGCAGGUAUUAAUCAAGUUUUUAUUUGUUUUAUUGAGCUUUUAUGGAUUCAUAAGUUUAAAUUCAAUGUGAUUCGGUAUUUAAUUUAAAUUUAAAUGUUGUUGCUUCA